AUGGUCAUGUCCGCCUUUGACAGAUUCAUAGACUCGCAGUUCGCCAAAUAUGAUCCAGGAAAAACGUUGACGCUCUAUCCCCACAAGGUAGUCGAUCCAUAUGGCCUGGAGCAUUACGAUAAUCCACCGAAACUGGCUGUUCCAGAGGGCCACCUCCGUGACUUCGACCCCAAGGCUCACAGCCCCAAGACACACGGCUCUGUUGAAGUCAUCAAGCUUCUAUCAGGUGGCAUCGGCGGCGGCGCUCAAGUCCUGCUGUGCAAAGUUUCGAAACAACCCGCUGAAUACAGACCGUCCCACGCCCCGUUCCCGGAGCCGCAAAGAUACGUCGUCGCCAAAAUCUUCGAUCCCAUGUUCUUCCCGGGCGACGACGAAGUCCUCUCUGCGCUGGUAGGGAACGAUGUUUUCGCCGAGCAGCUCCUGAGCCGCGAGUCCGGAGCGUACGAGUACCUCUACGACAGGGGAAAGCCCAAAGCCCCUCCAUCCGAUUCCAAGGGAAAGGGCAAGAAGCAGGAAACCAGGAACACAAUUACCGGUCACCCCAAUCUCAUCCCCCAGUACUACGGAACCUGGGCCAUCAGGUUUAGGAUGGGCAACGGCAAGUACAGGGAGGCCGGCCUGGUUCUGAUGGAGUACAUUGAGGGCCACGCCAUCGAAGAGCUUUGCGAUAGGGACGAAGACAACGGCUAUCUCCUCCCGGUCACCGAAGAGGUCAUCUUCCACGAUCUCGCCGGCUCGGCAAGCACGACCCAGGCCAGGAAGGUAAAGUUGACCGAGCCUUUCCGGCUGAAGGCCUUUCGCGAGAUACUCCACCAACUCGCGGUCCACAUGCACAUCAGCGUCGAACACGCCGACUUCAUCCCGGCAAACGUCAUCAUCACCCUUCGCAAUCACGGGGGAAUCAAUGGUGUAUGGCGCAAGACAAAGUAUGCGCAAGGCCCCGGCAGGGAGCGGCACUGUCUCGAGUGGCUUCCCAACCCCCCUCACCCAAUGGAACGAACAUCUCCCCAGGGUAUGGAGCUGUACAUUGGCUGGUUCGACGCCGAGUGGUCGGAAGAGCGGUUCGACGAGUGGUUGGUGCAAGAGUUUGGCCCUCUGGAGGAAGGCUCGGAGGAUGGCUCGAAUGGAAAGUACUCUACGUUUGCCACGCUGGAUAAGUUAGAGGCCGAUUAUUUCAAGAAGAAAGAUGAGGAGGCGAAGGAGGAGAUAAGAGCUCAGCAGGACGAGGCAAUCAGGCUCAUGGCUUCUGCGAGUCGCAAGGCCAGCGACGAGCGCGCGCAAGACUCGCAAAGCCGAGCAAACCCUCCCUCCACAAGCCGUCGACAGCAGAACCGAUCCGACGAGUCCACCUCGACGGAGAGUGGCGAAGAAGGCAUUCCACGCAGCUUGUACCGGAAGCUCCAGGAAGCGAAACUCGCAGCCAGCGAGAGCAGUUUUGGCGGCUCGCCCUCCCCUCGGUUGACACCCCGCUCGGCGCAGAAGUCGGCGGAGAACGAGGAGGAGAUGGAUACCAUUGAAGAGGAAUAG